AUGUGGUCAGCUCCUGAUGACAUCGAUAAUUGGGCUGUGGGUCCCCGCGGAGCAGGCUGGCUAUUCGUCAGAAACGCAACCCGAGAGGUACAUCUCAACUCGCUAAGUCUUAUCGCCCGCGGCCACCAACUCGUUCAAGAAGGCUGCAACUACAUGUUCGACAACGCCAUAGUUACCCUAUGGUCCGCACCCAGUUACUGGUGCCGAUAUAGCAGCUUGGCAUCGGUGUUAGCUCUGGGAGAAAGUGGGGAGCAUGAAUUCAAGGUAUUCGGUUUGGUUCCCGAGAAUGAGGGGGACAUGAGGACGGGCAAGCGGAAUGUGAGUAUUUUCUGUUACACUUUGGCUGGGGCACUGAAGUGCUGA